UUCCAGCAUUCCAGCCUCACUUCCUUUGAUAGGAACAAGCAGACAGUUGCUUGUUUUGGCGAAGAAAAACUGGCUAUAUACCCUUAUGUAACACCUCUCCAAAUUAAUUGCCUCUCACAAAGCUAACAGAACAAACUUAACUUCCGAAUAAGUUCAACAGUAAGUUUAGAUCAAAUGGAUGCCAUGAAAAUUACUGCAGUGCUGUUCCUGAGCUUUUCAUCGUCUAUGUCCAUUUGCCCUAAUCAAUGCACUUGCUAUUUCUCUAACAAUAUCAUAGCUGUGAUUUGUGUCUCAAUUGAAUCUCUUCAUGAAGUACCAGAAAACGUUCCGCCCAAUGCAACAAGACUAUCGCUCGAAUUUACCAACAUUGCCAUUAUAAAAGAAAAGGAUUUUAGUGGACUUCACCAACUUGAAGAGCUUCAUCUCUCAAGCAACAGAUUGACAAACAUCUCUUCAGGUGCACUAAGAGGCCUCCAUCAACUGAGAAUCUUGGAUUUAACCGACAACUUGCUGACUACAAUCUCACCAGAAUUACUUAGCACCUCUUUUAAUUUAACUACACUGGUACUACUUGGAAACAAAUUGCAAACUGUAAAUCCAUUAUGGUUUCAUCAUCUUCACAAUCUUGAAUCAUUGGAUUUAUCAAACAAUAUGUUGAAAUCAUUACCUCCUGAUUCAUUUCAAAAUCUGACUAACCUGAUAACACUUGACCUUUCCAGUAAUAAACUUGAACAUCUAUCAGUUGAUUUAUUUAACAAAAUGUCUAAACUGAAGAGGUUAAAUCUGGGACAUAAUCAGUUGCGUAGUUUCCUCCCUGGUACCUUUGACCGUGUGCUCAAUUUAGAAUAUUUGUUUCUUAAUGGUAAUAAAAUUGGAAAGAUCCCAGUGGGGCUGUUUAAUAAACUACUGAAGCUCGAUACAAUGGAUCUUUCAAACAAUACAUUGGAGUCACUUCCUCCAGGAGUGUUUGAUAAACUUUUGCACAUCGGGGCCAAAUGGCAACAGGGUUUAGAUCUCUCACUGAAUCCAUGGGUUUGUAACUGUGAUCUGAAGUAUCUGUGGGACUGGCUCUCAGUGAAUUCUGAAAAACUGUUCUCAGUCGAUUCAACAGUAUGUGCGAAACCUGAAAUCGUCAGGGCAAAACAGAUUACAACACUGACUGAAGUAGAAUUAAUGUGUUAAAGUAAUUGCUUCUGAGUCACUUUGUACUUGGUGCUUGUAUGAGUCACUUCAAAUAAGCAAAAAUAAACACUUGUUCCCA